UUAAAGCACUGAACUCUUUCGUAAUGUCAUCGCGUUUUGGAUUAAUCCUAUUGGGGCUACUGUCCUUGGCAGCUCUGAACAAUGGGGCAUCUAUAAGCACCCACAUCGUAGGUGGCACUGAGACGGAUAUCGCUAAUUAUCCGUACCAGGUCUCCGUGCGUCUCGAGACUUAUAUGCUGCUCCAUAUUUGUGGUGGCAGCAUCUACGCUCCUCGUGUCGUCGUUACGGCUGCCCAUUGCAUUAAGGGUCGCUUCGCCUCCUACAUUCGCAUUGUGCCCGGACAGAAUUCUAUUGCCGAUCUGGACGAGCAGGGUGUGAAGGUAACCAAAUUAAUCUACCACACCGGCUACAAUAAGAAGACCCAUGUGAAUGACGUGGGCUUGAUUAUAACCAGCGAGCCAAUGGCCUACUCCAAUCUAGUUCAACCCAUUGCCCUGGCUGUCGAUUCACCCAAGGCGGGCACGCAUGCCAUUGUCAGCGGUUGGGGCAAGCGCACCGAGAAGGACGAAGCCCUGCCUGCAAUGCUACGUGCCGUUCAAGUUGAAAUAAUGGACACCAACACCUGUGGAGCACAGUACUCUACGAAGGAUUACACCAUCACCGAUGAAAUGUUGUGCGCCGGCGUUGAGGAGGGUGGCAAGGAUGCCUGCCAAGGCGACUCCGGUGGACCAUUGACCGUGGAGGGCAUUCUAGUUGGUAUCGUGUCCUGGGGAGUUGGCUGUGCCCGUGAAGGCUUUCCCGGAGUGUACACCAGUGUACUUCACCACACUGCCUGGAUUGAAGAACAGGCCGCACCUUACCUAUAAGCGAUUAAGUGCAAUAACUUGAUUGGAAGCUGCAAGCGAACAAAAUAAGCGAACAAAUUACAUUUUUAAUUAUACAAAUACUUUUUAAUAAAAUGAGCAUUACAAAA